UUUUGGUUUUCAUAUUUAAUGUUAGUAUAUUUGUACUCAUUUAUCUGCAGAGGCGGUGUUUCAGCACGUGCAUGUCUAAUAAAGAAAAGAAAUCAGCGUCGGUCUGCAGCUGCGCUCCGGUGCGCAUCACAGUACAGCGCCUGCGCUCCGCUGCUCCGGUUCCACCGUCUCCUCCUCGCGAACAUGGCGGCGCCUGCGCUCUCCAGCCGGGCUGGUUCAGCUGGCAGCAGCCCCACCGCCACCCCGAACAGCACCAAGCUCGUCCCGCACUCCCCCGAGCUGGACUUCAGGUCCGGAACCAGGAUCGAGGAGCUCAACCGGCUGAUCGCCGAGUUCAGCAAGCACGAGCAGCGUGAGUACGACGACCAGCGAGCGCUCGAGAUCCACACGGCCAAGGACUUCAUCUUCUCCAUGCUCGGCAUGGUGCAGAAGUUGGACCAGAAGCUUCCGGUUGCCAACGAGUACCUGCUGUUGUCCGGUGGGGUCCGGGAAGGCGUGAUUGACAUGGAUCUGGAUGAGUUGACGGUAUAUGCGCGGGGAGCUGAUUACGACAUGGACUUCACGUUACUGGUUCCCGCGCUCAAACUCCACGACCGAAACCAGCCGGUCACGCUAGACAUGCGUCACUCGGCGCUCUGCCACUCCUGGCUCAGCCUGCGUCUGUUUGACGAGGGAACCAUCAACAAGUGGAAGGACUGUUGCACUGUUGUAGACCAUGUUAACGGUGCCACCAAUUACUUUUUCUCACCCACGCUGGUGGCCGACUGGUUCUACGAAUCCAUUAGUAUGGUUCUGGCGGAGAUUCAGAAGAAGCCGCAGCGCGGUGUCCCGCGGGUCGAGAAGGUCGAGCGCAACGCAACCGUCAUCUCCAUCAUUUUGGGCGUCGGAGGCAGUCGGAUGCUGUACGACGUGGUUCCAGUAGUGUCGUUCAAAGGCUGGCCAGCGGUGGCCCAAAGCUGGCUAAUGGAGAACCAUUUUUGGGAUGGGAAAAUCACGGAGGAGGAAGUGAUUAGCGGGUUUUAUUUGCUGCCUGCUUGCUCUUCUACAGGCCAGAAGGAAAACGAGUGGCGCUUGUCGUUUGCGCGCAGCGAGGUGCAGCUGAAGAAGUGCAUCUCUGCGAGUCUCAUGCAGGCGUACCAGGCUUGUAAAGCUCUGAUUAUUAAGCUUCUCUCACGACCCAAAGCCAUCAGCCCGUAUCACCUGCGCUCGCUCAUGCUUUGGGCCUGCGACCGCCUGCCGCAUACGUACUUGGCACAGGAAGAUUACGCCGCGCACUUUUUGCUUGGGUUGAUUGAUGACUUGCAGCACUGCUUGGUGAAUAAGACCUGCCCGAAUUACUUUAUCCCGCAAUGCAACAUGCUAGAGCAUCUCAGCGACGACAUGGCCAUGCUGCAUGCUCGCAAGUUGUCAUCAGUUCGCUCUGACCCAGCAGAACACUUGCGGAGCGCGAUCGAGCAUGCAAAAGCCGCGUCGCGGCUCACGCUUGAGCUCCAGUGGCGCGGAGGAAGCUCAAACCUGUCAUCCCCUCUGUCGGACACCGGAGCCGAUCAGCAACCAGACGACCGGCUCGCGAAGAAACUCCAGCAGCUGGUCACGGAGAAUCCUGGGAAGUCCAUCUCAGUCUUCAUCAACCCAGACGAUGUCACACGACCUCACUUUCGCAUUGAUGACAAAUUCUUUUAAAGCCACGCUUAUUGAUCAGACUGGCCGUUGACUGGGAACAAGCUCACUUUCGCAUCAAUGAUACAUUUUUCUAAAGCCACGCCCACUAAUCUGAUUAGGCGCUGGCUGCAAACAACAUCAUCCAACCUCAUUUUUGAAUCGAUGACAAAUUAUUUUGAAGCCACGCCCUCUGAUCUGAUUGGGCGCUGGCUGCAGAUGACCUUACAUUUGCAUUGAUGACAAAUUCUUCUGAAGUCAUGCCUCCUGAUCUGAUUGGGCGCUGACUGGGGAUGAGCUCACUUUCGCAUACAUGAUAAAUUUUUCUGAAGCCACGCCUACUGAUCUGAUUGGAUACUGGCUGCAGACGACCCCAUGCAACCUUACUUUUGCAUUGAUCAAUUUUUUUCCUGAUCUGACGAGCUCCCUUUUGCAUUGAUGACAUUCUUCUGAAGCCACGCCCCCGAUCUGAUUGGGCGCUGACUGCAGAUGAUGUCCUCACUUUCGCAUUGAUGAUAAACUCUUCUGAAGCCACGCCCAUUAAUCUGAUUGGGAGCUGAUGACCUCACUAUAGCAUUAAUGAUCAAUUCUUCUGAUGCCACGCCCCCUAAUCUGAUUGGGUGCUGACUGCAGAAGACCUCACUUUCGCAUUGAUGACAAAUUCUUCCGAAGCCAUGCCCUCUGAUCUGAUUGGGUGUUGGCUGCAGAUGACCUGACAUUUGUAUUGGUGACAUUCUUCUGAAGCCACGCCCACAAUCUGAUUGGGCGCUGACUGCAGAUGAUGUUACAUGAACUCACUUUCGCAUCGAUGAUAAAUUCUUCUCAAGCCACGCCCAAUGAUCUGACUGGGAGCUGACGACCUCACUAUAGCAUUAAUGAUCAAUUCUUCUGAUGCCACUCCCUCUGAUCUGAUUGGGCGCUGACUGCGGACGACCACACUAUAGCGUUAAUGAUAAAGUCUCCUGAAGCCACGCCCCUCUAAUCUGAUUGGGCGCUGACUGCGGGCGACCUCACUUCGCAUCAAUGGCAUUCUUCUGAAGCCACGCCCCCUGAUCUGAUUGGGCGCAGUUUUUUUUUUCUUUCUGUUUUUAAUGAGUCCCAGAAGCAGGAAGCCGUGUGUUUUGCACAGCGCCGGAGAUGUUAAACGCUUCAGGCUCUGAAUAUGAUGUUAAAAAUGGACAUGAUCCUGUUUCACUGCUGCCAGUUUGAAGUCGUGUUCACGUAUCUGUUCCUCCCCAUUAUGGACGCCAAGCUUUUACGGGAAGGAUAGAGAGAGAGCGGAAGAUUUAUGGAAGGAUGUGUGGUGAGGACGGUUUGUGGAAAACAGGAAACCCAUAACUCCACUCAGAAGUGCAAUUAGAAAAAAUGUGUUUAUAUGCUUUACUUUUAGACCAAUCAGCCUCAGCCAAUCAUGUGAUCUUUGCAUGUGAUUGGUAGGAGGGAUGGAUCAGAACAGACCAAACGUGAAUCUUCAAGCUCUACAGGGACCAAUCGUAAUGCCUUAUCACACAAAUCAACCAAUGGGGUGUUUUUAUUCUGAUUAAGUGGAUCCUAAAGACUCUUUUACAGCCCCACCGUGUGUUUCUCUUUAUAUCUGAAU